CAAAUAUGUUAAAUGAUGGCGGCAACUGCGAACAGCUGGGUUACGUAAACGCCAUUUUUUGCCAAACGCAAGAAGAAAGGCAUUGACGGGUUAACAAGUUAGCAGUGUGAUUUAACUACCGACACAGUGCUCCACCAGCAUCAAUCAUGUCACACCGAUCACUACACUGGUUUCGCAAAGGUCUACGUCUCCAUGACAACCCGUCACUGCUAGCAGCCUGUGAUGGCUGUGAAGAGCUGUGGCCUGUGUUUGUCUUAGAUCCCUGGUUUGUGUCAAACCAGCGAGUUGGUGCCAACAGAUGGCGCUUUUUGGUUGAAAGUCUGCAAGACCUCGAUAACAGCCUGCGACAGUUAAACCUGAGGUUACAUGUUGUCCGUGGCAAACCAUCAGAAGUCUUCCCAGAACUGUUUAAGAAGUGGAAAGUCACCAGGUUGACGUACGAAGUAGACACAGAGCCGUAUGCUGUCGAACGAGAUAAGGAAAUUGACAACCUGGCAGCGCACCAUAAAGUAGAGGUGAUCAAGAAAGUCUCACACACCUUGUACGACACAAACAAAGUGGUUAGUAAGAAUAAUGGGAAAGUCCCUCUAACAUACCAAGGUUUUCAGGUCCUCCUGAAUAAACUAGGGCCUCCCCCAGCCACUGUAACCAGUCUAAAUACACAGCUACUUAAAGGGUGUAAGUGCUCUUCUGUGCCGGAGGAUGGUAAAGUGUAUGAGGUGCCUUCUCUUGAGGAGUUAGGGGUGACCUGUGAGUACCCAGCCCUAUACCCCGGGGGAGAGACAGAGGCCCUGGCCAGAAUGGAGAGGAACCUCAGUAAUACGAACUGGAUUUGUAACUUUGAGAAACCCAAGACAGAACCAAACAAAUUGUCUCCCAGUACUACUGUACUGAGCCCAUAUUUAAAGUUUGGUUGCUUGUCUGCUCGGACGUUUUACUUCAAGCUGCUGGAAGUCUACAAAAACAGGAAGCACACCAGUCCGCCCGUGUCUCUCCAUGGUCAGUUGUUAUGGAGAGAGUUCUUCACGAUGGUAGGCGCCGUGACCCCUAACUUUGACUGUAUGGAGGGAAACCCCAUCUGCAGACAGAUACCCUGGGAUGACAACCAGGCGUAUCUCACAGCAUGGGAACAGGCAAAGACGGGCUAUCCGUUCAUAGAUGCUAUCAUGACUCAGCUACGUAAGGAAGGCUGGAUACAUCACCUGGCCAGGCAUUCCGUGGCCUGUUUCCUGACCAGAGGUGAUUUGUGGGUCAGCUGGGAGCAUGGACAAAAGGUCUUUGAGGAGCUGUUGCUUGACGCUGACUGGAGUUUAAAUGCCGGUAACUGGAUGUGGCUUUCAGCCAGUGCAUUCUUCCACCAGUACUUCAGGGUGUACAGUCCUGUAGCUUUUGGCAAGAAAACUGACAAAAAUGGAGAUUACAUUAGGAAGUAUUUGCCCAUCUUGAAGAAGUUUCCGGCGGACUACAUCUAUGAGCCAUGGAAGGCCCCUCUUGGCGUGCAGCAGGCAGCAGGCUGUGUGAUCGGCAAAGAUUAUCCCAAGAGGAUUGUGGACCAUGACGUCAUCAGACCCAUCAACAUCAAGCGGAUGGCAGCUGCAUACAGAAAUAAAGCAGAAAGCACAGAAACACAGAAAAAUUCGAAGAAGAGAAGUAAAAGUGACACGGAUGAUCUUAAUGAGAGCGAUGUGUCAUCAAAGAAAAGGACAAAGAAGUCCUCAAAGAAACAAGAAAGCAUUGGUGCUUUCUUCAGUUCAUGUUAAUUGUCGUCAAAUUUGACUCUGCCAGGUUAAGUUGCGAUUGACGUGAGAGAUGGCAUCAGAGGUGGACAUCAGGGAUUGAUUUAAGAAAUGGCGUCAGAAAUUGACCAGAGAGAUGGCGACAAAGACUGACGUGAGAGAUGGUAUCAGGGAUUGGUGUGAGGGAGAUUGGCUUCAGAGAUUGCCAUCAGUGAUGGAUGUUGGAAAUUGACAGAAAGAUGGCCUCAGAGAUUUUCCUGAGACAUGAAUGUUGGAAAUUGACAGAACGAUGGGUUCAGAGAUUGGCGUGGGAGAUGGCUGUUGGAAAUUUACAGAACGAUGGCUUCAGAAAAUUCCGUGAGAGAUAAAUGUUGUAAAUUUAUGUGAGAGAUGAUGUUGGAAAUUUACAGAAUGAUGGCUUCAGAGAUUGCUGCGAGAGUUGGAUGUUAGAAAUUGACAGAAAGAUGGCUUCAGAGACUGACACGACAGUUGGCGCCAGAAAUAGUCGUUUAAAGAUCGAUGUAUGAGAUGUUAGGCCUGCAGGAAAUGGUCACAAACCUGUGUUGUUCGUGGAUUCUGACGUAAGGUCUGCUAGGUUUAUCAUAAUGAUGAAUAUAUCAUGCAAAUA